AGCCUAAGUCACAGCAGCCCUGACUACAGCGUUCCUGGAGCCCAGGCUCUUUUCCACAGAGGAGGAAAGAGCAGGCAGCAGAGACCAUGGGGCCCCCCUCAGCCUCUCCCCACAGAGAAUGCAUCCCCUGGCAGGGGCUUCUGCUCACAGCCUCACUUCUAAACUUCUGGAACCUGCCCACCAGUGCCCAGCUCACUAUUGAAUCCACGCCGUUCAAUGUCGCAGAGGGGAAGGAGGUGCUUCUACUUGUCCACAAUCUCCCCCAGCAUCUUUUUGGCUACACCUGGUACAAAGGGGAAAGAGUGGAUGGCAACAGUCUAAUUGUAGCAUAUGCAGUAGGAAUUCAACAAGCUACCCCAGGGGCCGCAUACAGUGGUCGAGAGACAAUAUACCCCAAUGCAUCCCUGCUGAUCCAGAAUGUCACCCAGAAUGACAUAGGAUUCUACACCCUACAAGUCAUAAAGUCAGAUCUUGUGAAUGAAGAAGCAACUGGACAGUUCCAUGUAUACCCGGAGCUGCCCAAGCCCUCCAUCUCCAGCAACAACUCCAACCCCGUGGAGGACAAGGAUGCUGUGGCCUUCACCUGUGAACCUGAGAUUCACAGCACAACCUGCCUGUAGUGGGUAAAUGGUCAGAGCCUCCCAGUCAGUUCCAGGCUGCAGCUGUCCAAUGGCAAGAGGACCCUCACUCUACUCAGUGUCACAAGGAAUGACACAGGACCCUAUGAGUGUGAAAUACCGAACCCAGUGGGUGCCAGCUACAGUGACCCAGUCACGCUGAAUGUCCUCUAUGGACCGGGCAUUCCCACCAUUUCCCCCCCAGACUCCUAUUACCAUCCAGGGGCAAAUCUCAACCUCUCCUGCCACAUGGCCUCUAACCCACCUGCACAGUACUCCUGGUUUGUCAGUGGAAUGCUCCAGCAACACACACAAAAGCUCUUUAUCCCCAACAUCGCAGUGGAGAAGAGUGGAUCCUAUGCUUGCCUCGCCCAUAACUCAGCCACUGGCCUCAGUACAAUCACAGUCAAGAUAAUCACAGUCUCUGCUAAGUGGAUCCCUGGAGAGCAGGGCCUUCCUGUGGGGGCCAUCGCCGGCAUCGUGACCGGGGUCCUGGUCGGAGUGGCGCUGGUGGCCGCCCUGGUGUGUUUCCUGCUCCUUGCCAAAACUGGAAGAACCAGCAUCCAGCGUGACCUCAAGGAGCAGCAGCCCCAAGCCCUUGCCCCUGGCCGUGGUCCCUCCCACAGCUCUGCCUUCUCGAUGUCCCCUCUCUCCACUGCCCAGGCCCCCCUACCCAACCCCAGGACAGCAGCUUCCAUCUAUGAGGAAUUGCUAAAACAUGACACAAACAUUUACUGCCGGAUGGACCACAAAGCAGAAGUGGCUUCUUAGCUUCCUCCAGGAGCUGCUCCUGUGGGUUGAUGGAGAGUCCCCGAGGCCCCCAGCUCUGGGGAUGGGGAAGGACAUGAAGCCUGAGCCAGAGAACCAGC